GGUGCGCAUGCGCUGUAUCCUAGGAACGGCAUGCUGAAAUUGGCGAAUAAAAUGAAUAGCGAACUGUGAUGUAAAUAACAUAAUAUUAAUUUCUUUGCUUUUGACAACAUGGCAUUAACAAGAAUAUCUGCUAAAUACCCACCACAGAUCGAUCCUACGAGAACACCCCUUGCCUUUGGCGCAAGAGCCAUACCCCGUUUAAAUAAAGAAUUACAAAAUGAUACAUUACUUACCCGACAAAGGGCUGUUAUGUCCUUAUGUGAUCAUCUACACGACCCAGAACAUAUAGCAACAGCCUUAAGAGAAGGCAUUGCAGAAAGUCUUAAAAAAUUAUUAUGUGAUCCUGACAUUACAGUUAGACAGAAAUCUACAGAAUGCCUCUUUGUAAUAGCAGGUCAUGCAAUUGGAAGAGAUGCUUUUCUAGAUCAUGAAAUAAUUAAACCUGUAUCAAAUUUAUUUAAUGAUUCGGAGGAUAUCGCUCGUAAAAAUGCUCACAAAGCUCUAGAAAUGAUUUCUGAAACUCCACAAGGAGCUGAAGGUAUUGUUGCAUGUGAAUUAGUACCAACAUUAGUAGAAAAGCUUAAAACAGAACUUGAUGAAAUUAAGGAAUUAAUACUUGAUACUUUACACUAUUGUAUGAGAGUUGAUACAUCUAAAGCCUUAGCAUCUGAUGCCAUGAAAACUUUUACAUCUUUACUCAAACAUGAAAUACCAGUUAUACGAUCUAAAGCUGCUAGAGAUAUAAUGGAUUUAAGUAUACCUUUAGCUGGUAAAGAUAAAGCUGUUGAAGAAGAAGCAGUACCUGAACUUAUUAAUUUAUUAAAUGAUGAAUCAGCAGACGUCAUUGCUAAUGCUGCUGGUGCCAUUAUGACGAUAUCUAUAACAACAAAAGGGAAAUAUACAUCUAUUGGUGGUAAUGCUGUAGAACCAUUGGUUAAACUGGUUAAUCAUUCUACAAGUGAAGUACGGGUUAAUGCACUUAAGGCUUUAACUUGUUUAUCAGAAGCGCCCGAAGGAAGAGAGGUGUUAUUAUUGCAUGUUGAUUCAAUAAAAGCAAGAAUGAAUGAUGAAACGCCAGCUGUUGCAAAUGCUGCUAAAGUUGCGGUCAAAGUUAUAACCUGGAAGCCUUGAUCAUCUUUUUGUCAAAAUGUGUCUUUAGUGUUUUAUCAUUUUAUAAAUCAAGUAUCUGUGAUCUGCUUUUAACCAUAUCUGUUGUCAAAAAUUAGACAUUCAAUCACUCCAAGCCCAAGAUAUGUGAUUUCUUGGAACGUUCGCUCAUCUAAUUGAAUGGAUGGGUUUGAAAACUGGAUUUUAAUUCUUUAUUUAUGGAAAAGCUUAUAUUUACAUGUAUGUAUACUUGUUAAUUUUAUAUACACGUAUUUAAAUUAUAUCUCUUAAAUAUAUACUUCUAUUGUUAA